UUUGCAUGCAAUUGAUGGCUGUGCACUGCUUUCUGUGUGUACUUUGUUUCCUUUUGUUCCUGCAAAGCAGUGUCCAGCUGCAAUGUAACCCAAAAAAGGUCCAGGAUGUGAUUGGGGGUCGUUUUACACUGGUCUGUAGUUAUGAAACAAAGCAUUUCCUGUUCUCUAAGAAGUACUGGUGUCUUGGGGAGUCCAGGUCUACCUGUGAAAUUAUUAAGGACACCGAGGGUUACGUCAAAAAGGAGCUGAAGGGUCGCAUUGAGAUGCGUGAUCUACAAAAAAGGGGCUUGGUUGUGAUAAUGAAAGACCUUCAAUUUGCAGACACGGGACACUACUGGGUUGGAAUUGAUAAAAUAUAUGCAGAUAUAAUGUGUCCGAUCAGCAUAACAGUGUCUGAAGUGGCUGUAUCUCAGCCUCACCUGCGGUUCCUGAGCCCUGUGCCAGAGACGUGCUGGGGCCGGUCUGUCACGGUCCGGUGUGUGAGUGACCAGGGCACAAAUGUACGCUAUGGCUGGUACAAGACUGGGGGGUCCAGGGACAUCUCGCUGCGGGUCAUGGCAGACCUGCAGCUGCACUGCGGCUUUGUUGGAGAUGGGGAGGAGUACUACUGCAGUGCCAGCAACAGCGUGAGCAGCAAACGCAGCCCGUCUGUGUCUGUGCUGCUCCUGCGGCCUGCAGAGGAGGACUGCGUCUACAUCCUCACUGUCCAGGGUGAGCACCAGUACGACUGCUGGGACAGACUGAGAACCAGCACUGCCUUGCCACUGGACACCACAGAAUACAGACGCGUUGUCAAUCAGUCAACACCUGUCAGUCACAAUAAGGAGCUCAAUGUCUCCAUAAGGACAAGGUCGCAGAUGCCAGUGUGGUACGAGGUCCUCCGCUGGCUGCUCUUCGUAUCUCUGCUGACUGCUCUGUGCCUGGUGCAUAGGUACAGCAGAGCUCCACCCGGAAGAGAAAUCUGCACCAGCAGCUGAUUUGGGCUGCCACCCCAGUGCUUGCCUAUACACCUACACCCUAUUCAAAUGGGAGAACUAAGGCCUGCACCCUAAAAGCUUACCACGACAAAAGCUUAUCUCCACUGUGUAUACCAGUUAAGUAUUUAGACAAUGUGCAUUUGUAUAAGCUAUUAUUCAGUUUGCUAUUGAUGUUGUCAAUUCAGCACAUGCUUUUUUUUCACAUUAGCAAUUCAUUUAAGGGUAUUUGUACACUUUCACCAUGUAGACAUUUCUGCACUUUUUACACAUAAGCCUCCAUUUCAGGGUGCUAUAAUUUUUUCGACAUACAGUAUAAAUGUUCAGUAAAUGAAUAAAAUAAUUCCUGCUUCAACAAUGUUUGGGAUCAUUGCCCUGCUAUAGGAUGUAGCACUCAACAAUCCAAAUUGUUGAGUAAAUAAUCCACUCUGAGUAGAAGGACCGCUGUGAUCAGGCUCUCUUUGUUUCAUGUAGCAUGGAAAAAAAAUCUCAAUACCUAACAGUGCUUUUCUCUGAAA